AUGGUCGAUUCAUUCCCUCACCGGCGCAUAGUGAUUUCUAAUCUCGAUAUCGGCUCAGACAAUGGCAACGGCAAGACUGAACCUGGAGUGGAGGUAGUUACAGAGAACUUGGUGACAGAGAAUAUGUUCGACGGCCUGCUACAGAGAACCAAGAUUGGGACUAUCUCGGCUGUCCCUGCCAGCAAUGAAGGGCUUGGCCUGCCGGUCUUUGCUGACGUCCCUGGAAGUGGGAUAGUCUUGCCAGGCGGAGUGAACGUGUACUUCUUGGAUUUGGCUCCUGGAUACACCACCCCGAUGCAUCGAACCCCAUCAGUCGACUACGUUGCUGUCACCCAGGGAACGCCUGUUCUUAUCACACCAAAGGCUGCUUUCAGCGCCAACAAUGAUCAGGCUGACUACGAAGAAACUGUUGAAAGCCUGCUUCGGCCGGGAGAUGUUGCCGUUCAACGGGGGGCAAUGCACUCCUGGGCAAAUAGAACUAACGAGUGGGUUCGCAUGAUCGGCAUGGUAGUCGACGCAAAGCCCUCCGAAGCUACGGUAGAUGGAAAGCGAUUGGAGCUUGGCGAGAGAUGGCUUCAGUAA